AUGAGACCAGAAUACGACGUCGUUAUUAUAGGAUCUGGCUAUGGAGCUGGAGUAGCGGCAAGUCGAAUGGCUCGAGCAGGGAAGAGUGUCGCGGUGCUAGAGCUUGGCUGGGAAAGAAGAUCUGGUUCAUUUCCACAUACGUUCUCUCAGAGUCUAAAAGACUUGAGUGUCUCGGGGAGUUAUGUAAAGAACUUCAUCUCAAAAUGGAUGGCGUCUGGGGACCCCACGCGGCUUUUCCAAUUAUUUUUGGGUGAUGGACAACACACUUUUGGUGCCCAUGGACUUGGAGGAACUUCAUUGAUCAAUGCUGGAGUUUUCCUGAGAGCGGACGAAAGAACACUGCAGAUGAGUCCAUGGCCGUCAGAAAUUAGGGAUGACCCAGCUGCACUCGAAGAAUACUAUGCACGAGCCGAAACAAUGCUUCAACCUUCCACAUAUCCGGAUACUUCAACCCCAAACAAACUCGAGCAUCUUCAAGAACAGUCAAAAUGGCUUGGAGGUAAAGAGAGUUUUAAUCGAGUACCCUUGACCAUAUCUUUCCGCAAUGGUCCCAACAAUGCAGGUGUCCCUAUGAAGGCAAGUAAACGUUCGGGCCAUGAGUGCACUGGUCUCAACGAUGGCUCAAAAAACUCGGUGGCGACAACAUAUCUUGCAGAUGCCUGGAAUUGGGGCGCUGAGAUAUUUUGCGGAUGUGAAGUUCGAUUUGUGGAAAAGACGGACGGAGCAGGCUACACUAUACACUUCGCCUGGCACGGAAGUGGCAGGUCGGUGUUCAGGGAUGAUUUCAAGGAACAACUCUUCUGGGUCAAAGCGAAGGAAUUCUGCUUCCUUGGGGCUGGUGCCUAUGGAACUACUGGAGUAUUGCUGCAGUCAAAACAGCACGGCCUUCAUAUGUCACCGCUCGUCGGAAGAAAUCUCUCUGGAAACGGCGACCUUUUGAUAUUUGGUUACAAUGGAAGUGACAAUAUCAACGGGAUCGCCCGUGAAUCUGCGCAUGCCCCCCCUGGACCAACCAUCACUGCUAUGAUCGACAAUCGAGUGGCUGAUCCUUUGAAAAAUCCCCUGUCUGGAUACGUCAUCCAAGAUGGCUGCAUCCCUGAGAUGUUCAACCCAAUAAUUCAAAUUAUGCUCACCCUGCAGACCAUCAAGAGUCAGGUACUGUGCUGUAUUUCUAACCCUCGUCAGGAGACGAGGAAGAUUAUCGCCUCUUUUAAGUCUCUUCUAUUCGGACCAUAUGCACGCAAUGGAGCUCUUCAGCGGACUUCAACUUAUCUCGUAAUGUCUCAUGACAGUAACGAGGUAACGCUGACCUUGAAGGAUGAUCAGUUGUGCCUGCGGGGACCGGCAGAAGGACGAUCUGAGCACUUUGGAGGGAUAAGGAAGGUCUUCAAGGACCUUUUUACCCGCACGGGAGCAAUGAUGGGGUUCUCAUAUCAUUAUGGUCGCCACCAGGAGGAAAUCACAGUCCAUCUCCUUGGAGGAGCCAACAUGAGCAACGAUGAAACAGGGCACGGUGGUGUCACAAAUCAUUUGGGAGAGGUCUUCAGUGGAUCUAAUGGUGAAGUACACAAAGGUCUUGUGUGCUGUGAUGCAUCUAUCAUCCCGACAGCUAUAGGUGUGAACCCGAUGGCCACGAUAUCUGCCCUUGCUGAACGAUGCGUCGAGUUACUCACCGAGAGGUCUGGAUCGUCAAUUGAUCUUGAGACUAAAAACCAGCCCUUGAAUGCCUACAGCAAGCCUAGGGUGUCACCGGACUACCAAGAGCAUCGAGGCAGUACCAAGAACGCACCCCAGUCUAUUGGAUGGCAAUUCACAGAGACUAUGCAUGGAAUCAUCAGAUUUGGACCGGGGCUCGAAGGCUUUGAGCUGUCUGAGAGGGUACGAAAGGGUUCGGCUUGCGUAACACGCAUGUUUCUUACGGUCGAAAUCUGCCGAGGAGAAGAUUCACGAUAUCAAGGAAUAUGCACCGGGACGGUCUAUUGCCAUGCAUUAUCCAAAGCCACACUCAAGAUUGUCGAUGGGACAGUGGACUUUUUUACACCAAUAGAAGAGAAUGCUGAAUCGUCAGCCAUUUCAUACAACCUGAUGCUCCUCUCGGUAGAGGGCGUACAGUACCGCCUGAAAGGCCACAAGCUCAUCAACUCGAGCAUAUCGUUCUCUGCCGCAAAGACAUGGGAAGCGACAACCACGGUGAACGCAAGCAUCACUCGACUGGACGGGACAAAUGUUGGGGCAGGAGCCCUUCAUAUCUCAUUGCGAGACUUCAAAAAGCAGAUAAGAACAUUUCGGACGACCGUUGACUUCCAGGUCGGCCUAAUCUGGGCUUUGAUGAUGUUUUUGGUUUCUUUUAUGUACCACAUCAGUCUCUUCUUCUUUCGCCCUUUCGUCCACAUGCACUUCCCUCGGACCUCAGGGAAUAUCACCGAGUCAAAACAGCUUCCUGCAAAACUACCUCCUUCCAUGUCGUGCAACAUCACCGCACGCGACGGCGUUCAGGUACUCCUUAAUAUCUAUGAUCCAAUCUCUGUCAAAGAAACAGACAAGCCGGAGUCCAAGUCCGGCCUUCCACCAGUUCUGCUUAUACCAGGAGUCACCGGAGUCAAGACGAUGCACAGUUUGUUUUCACUGCCAUUUUUGCGCUGCAACAUGGUUGAAUAUUUCACACAGCGUGGAUACCGAUGUUAUGUUGUCACUCCUCGUUGGGGCUGCGAUCACGCCGUUGCCGAAAAAAGCACCGUUUUCGACUGCCGCCUUGACGUUGCUGCUGCGAUAGAAUAUAUCCGCGAGAAAGAGCUAGAGAAGCCAUAUGUGGUAGCCCAUUGCCAAGGAUCGGUGGCUCUCUGCAACGGACUACUGGAUGGAGCUAUCCAGGGUAGCCACAUUCUCGGUAUUACCGCCAACUCAGUCUUCAUGAGUCAGGUCUUUGGAUAUUGGAACUCCAUCAAAGGAAGAACGACCCUGCUGAUUGAGUUUUACAAAUUGAUGGCUGGUAAUCAUUUUCCAAUUGUCAGCAAUGCCAAGAGUAAUCUUUUCCAACAAUUACUCGACAAUCUUCUUCGUUUCUAUCCUGUUGGGCACACGCGAGACGUCUGCACGUCUACAGCGUGCCACCGGUUAUCUUUCGCUUUUGGACUGCUAUGGAAUCACGAGAACCUUGACAAGUGUCUUCAUGAAAAUCUCCACCAAUUCUUCGUGGGAACCCAUACCAAGUUCAUGAAGCAAGUGGUUUGCAACGGAACCCAGGGAGUCUGCAUGAAUAAUGAUUUACGGCCUCUUCUGACACCCGAGAGUCUGCAAAGGUUGCAAGGGAUACCGAUUCUCUUCAUUUCGGGCACGGAUAAUCAAGUCUUCAAGCCUGAGACUACGCUCAAGGAUUAUGAGUUAUUGCGACGAACAUUUGGUGAGAGACUUUAUCGCAGAUUCUUGGCUGACGGGUACGGGCAUCUUGAUCCUAUUGUGGGAAAGAAUGCAGCCGAUGAUGUAUAUUGGAGGAUCUUUGGGCAUUUGAACUGGUGCACCAAAGAGAUGGAAAACCUGAGUGGGAAAGCCAAUGGAAUGGUAGAGAGACCAUGCAUCGAAGUUUAG